GAAACAAAAGUGACAAUGAGUAAAUACCCUCAUGGACCACCACCGCCGUACUAUGGAGGCUGGCCCCCACCACCACCACAUGAUGGCUAUCCGCCACAUCUCCAACCCCCUCCCCCUGACGGUGGGCAAGUAACUGUCCCUCCAGGACCGUACCCUUAUUACGUUCCUGGAGCGGUCAUGUUUCCCGUGCCCAUGGCUCCAAUGCCCAUGCCAAUGCCCGUACCUCCACCAAGCGAACCCCCUUCCAAUCCCACCUAUAUAACCAACUACAUAUACCAUGGAGAAACUUCUAAUCAACCUCAACAACCGGCAAUUGAAGGAAUGGCGCCUGAAUUCGGAGAAUGCAAUUGGGUGCCUACAACAGCUACUACGGCAGCGUAUCUUACUGGUCAAGCCGUCGUCGGUGGACGCGAAGGAUGGGACGGAAGCCCCCUAUGGGUCAUUCGAGCUUGGCAUAAUGAUAACUUGAUUCCUGGAAAAUUCUCCAUAAGACAUAAUACGGCAUCAGUUUCUUAUAACAUGAAGGAAGUCCCGGUUCAGAACAUUGAAGUCCUCAUCGCAAAGCCUGAUAGCUUCCGAUGGAUUCCAGCGACGAGAGGAAAUGUGCCGCCCGGAGCUUUACCUGGAGGAAAAACUGUAUCCGGAGAAACGUUGUAUAUUGGGAGAGCGAAGUACCAACUUUCGAUAACUCCUGGAAAAGUGCAACCCUCUCACAACUGCUGCUACAUUCCGUUUGCGGGUAGCGAAGUUGCACAGACAAUGUAUGACGUGCUGUGUAAAAUAUAACGGAAUGUGAUUGAUGGAAAUAAUUGUGAUGUGAUGGACAAUUCGAUACACGUAUUUGGAUAUAAUUUACGAAGACUUUUCAGUAAAGUUAAAAAAUCUAGGUUUUUUUGUUUAAACGCUGUAAGAAAUAAAUGUUGCGCAA